GUCAAGUUACACUCUUACAACACGUUCAGUUUCGAUCAUUCUAUGACACAAUACACAUCGGACACAGAGUGCGAUAGCGAUAUUAUCUAUUUCGGACGAUACUUUCAGACUUUUUGACUACUUUUCAAAAAGAUUUGUAUCCAAUAUAACACAAGUUCGACGCAAGUUCAUUAAUUUUUAAGAUGCAGAAAGUAAAAAUUGUCAUGCUUUUUUUACAACUGUUUAUAAGUAACAUACUAAUUGUUCUCGUAGACGGAAACUAUAAUUAUAGAGAAUUCACAUUUAAGGAACACAUAACACCAUUAUAUUACAAACUCGACAUAGAAUUACCUAAUCAUAUUAGACAAAAUAUUGCCAUUAAUGGUGAAAGCCGUAUCACUAUUCGUAUUGAAGAGAACAUCGAACAUCUAGGUUUUCUAUCAUUCGCAUUUGUACAAGACGUUACGUUGCAUAAGAUAAAUCCGUAUAAUGUAACAAUAAGAGAACCGUAUGUUCGAGAACAUUUAAUUGCAACAUAUAAACCAAAAAAGCAUCAGCUUAAAGAUUCACUUGUUGUCUUAGUUUUUAACAAAGCGAUAGAAUGUGGAUAUUAUGUUUUGGAAAUAAUAUUUUCUACGGAAGUGACUAAUAGUGCAGAGACGGAUGGCUUCAUUUUAACUUCCUAUAAAAACCUAAAAGGAGAAUUACAAUGGAUGGUAGCAACACAAACUCGAGUAAGAGGUCCACAAGCACUAUUUCCAUGUUGGGACAAUCCACGUUUGAAAACAGUUUUUGAUGUUUCCAUACGCCAUCGUACAAACUACAUGGUUUUCACAAAUUCAAAAAUACAUAAUUUUGAACUUGAGAAAAGUAACGUACGGAUGUGGACGCACUUCGAAUCUACUCCUCCUAUACCCGCACACUGCAUAGACAUCAUUGUAUUGCCUAAGACCUCAUAUUUCACUUAUGUUUAUUUAGAUAAUGUCACAAUGUGGAUCCCAGACAUCUCAGAUUUAUCACCCGAAUUUGAUUUUGCAUGGAACAUUACUAAAGAAGUCACAAAGUACUUAAUGGAACAAAAUUUAUUAGACCAAUGCAAAGUGACGCAAACAAAUUACAUCGCACUCGAAAAUUUGUCACAUGAAAUCCUUGUAAAUCCUUCUUUCAUUCUUUACAGAAAAGAAAAUAUACAAAUACAUUCCGUAUCUUGGUACUACUCCUUAUAUCUAAUAUCUCCUAAAGAACAAAAAGAAAUGAAUGUAGCGCUCUUAAUAGCACAGAAAAUAACAUAUCAAUGGAUUCUUCGAUCAACAAACCCAUCUUACUGGCUAUUUUCACGUGUAAAAGAUGGAUCGAACUUUUUAGCCAUGUGUAUACUUCAAAAGGUACUUCCAGAAUUUAAAGUUGCAUUUUGGCAGAUCAAAAGUCAAUAUGAAUAUUUUUAUGAAAUAUCUUUAAUAGAGUAUUCAUACAUAACAUCUUUUAUCAUCGAUGAAAAUGACGUAAUGAGAUUUAUAAUCUCUACGAGAACUGAACUCUGCGAAUCCAACGAGGAAUCUUUCUUCAAUUAAAGAUUCAAUUGCAUAAAAAGAUCAAACCUUUGACCUGAACUAACGGAUCCUAUUUUCUCAGCUUACCAAUAUUUAUUAACAAA